AUCUUCUCCAAUGAGGGGGAAUUUAAGAGUCGUUUCGGUGUUCGGGGGCGCUCUCCAGGCCAGCUGCAGCGUCCCCACCGGCGUGGCCGUGCAUCCCACCGGUGAUAUCAUCAUCGCUGACUACGACAACAAGUGGGUCAGCAUCUUCUCCAGCGAGGGGAAGUACAAGACAAAGCUUGGCUCCGGUAGACUGAUGGGGCCAAAGGGCGUGACGGUGGACCAGGAAGGUCACGUGAUCGUGGUUGACAACAAAGCGUGCACCGUCUUCAUCUUCCAGCUGACCGGCAAGCUCGUCUCCAAGUUCGGAAGUCGAGGAAACGGUGACAAGCAGUUUGCAGGUCCGCACUUUGCAGCAGUGAACAAGAACAACGAGAUCAUCGUGACUGACUUCCACAACCACUCUGUGAAGGUUUUCACUCCGGAGGGCGAGCUGGUGAUGAAAUUUGGCUCUAAUGGUGAGGGAAACGGCCAGUUCAACGCUCCCACUGGUGUAGCUGUGGACGUCAAUGGGAACAUCAUCGUAGCCGACUGGGGAAACAGCAGAAUACAGGUAUUUGACGGUAGCGGAUCCUUUCUAUCCUACAUCAACACGUCCGCGGACCCUCUGUACGGACCCCAGGGUCUGGCUUUGACCUCAGACGGACAUGUGGUCGUGGCAGACUCUGGAAACCACUGCUUCAAAGUCUACCGCUACCUGCAAUGAUGGAGGAUUGGAGGGAAGGCGGUUGGAGGGAGUGGUUGUUGGAGUGAAGGGAGAUGGUGCACGUCGUCACAUUUCUAGGAGUAAUUGCAUGAACCUCUACCAUCACAUUGGAACAAGGGAUGGGUAUGAAAAAGGAAGAAGCAAAGAAGAAGGAUUGCCCAUCAUUACAUCAACAGACCAAAACAAAACUUUGAUCUAGUUUUCUCAUCUUUAAAUAUUAGGAAAAAGUUCCAUCGUCAGCUAUCGUGUGAAACGGUGAAUCACAGAUAACGGUGGGACAACGACUGGUCUUUGAACUACAUAUUCCUAACGUUUGAAGAGGGAUGAAAACAGAGGGGAAAUGGAAAGAUGGUGGAUUCAAGGGUUUGCUGCCCUCGUGCAACAUCGGGAAAUAUCUUAGGAUCACGCAAGGAUGGAGUAAACACAGUUAUGCAACAACUGAUUCAGGAGUCACUAAGUCAUAAGUCCCUCUUUCUCCCAGUGGGGCAUUAUUAGAAAAGGAAAAUGGAGGAAGAACAAUGACAGAAGAGGAGGUGAAAAACGUCUUGGAAACCACAACUUCCUAAACCCAAAAUGGAGAAGAGGAUCAAAGAAGUAUCAAAGGUGUGAGUGUAUAAAUAAAGGCCUCUGUGUUGAAGGGAAUUGAUCGGAAGAUGAAAGGGUUUCUAAUGUUCUGCCUUGUGAUGUAUGCAAUAGACAAAUGAUAGCCGCUAAGCUAAAAGAGGUCUACGUCUUAAUUUGACAUUCAGGUCAUUACCACACAUGACCAAAACGGUUCUGACGCUGUAGAUUACAUUUGGGAAUCGACUCUAACAUGUUGAAGCUAACAUUAGCUAGCAACUUUUAGAGCUUGUCCUUGAGCAAAUUACUUCCCGCAGAAAAAGACAAGUGAACGUUAAAAUCCAUAGAUAUGCGACAAUAAAUCCCUUGAGAAGGGAAUCCUCGUCCAGCGAAGUUCAAAUGGUUAUAACUAAAGAUUGACUUGUGAUGGUGAUGAUAACAUAUUGUUUGACUAAGACACUAGGCCUCUUUUAGCCUGCUGUCCUUUGUUUGUACAUUAGGAUUGUCUGAUUAUGGAAUGUUUAAAUUUAGUUUCUUGUCAUAUGCUAGUAAUCUUUACAAGUCCUAGGCAAUAGAUUCAUCGUUAUAAAGGAUUGCUUGACUCUGAUUGUCUGUAUGACUGAUUCAAUUGGUUGAUUGACACGAUACAUUUGACGGGCACCACGGUCUUGUCUGUGCUUGGUUUGAGUGGUAAUAUAUUUUUUCCAUGAGAAAUCUGUUGCAAAGGAGAAAAAGAAGGUCUAUAAAUCUAUCCUAUAUAUUUGUGAGAACACAUUUAAAUGAUAUCGUGUAAAAUGUUGGAAAACAAGGAACAUAUACAAUCUCAUUUCAAUAGCCAAAAACAAGAUGAUUCUUUCGUUCUGUCAUCUUCCAUAAAACAAUGGCUCAGUGUCCAAUCAGCAUGCCUCUGUAUUAUGUGAUUGUCUUCAUCAAACUUACUGGUUUAAACUGUAGGAUCCAAUUUCAUAAAAACAGUUCAUAAACUCCUGAAUUCACAGCAAAGGACGCAAGACCAAUGUUACGUUGCAAAAGCAUUUACAUGAGUUUUGGUAAAGUGCUAUUCAAUAGAAGUAAUACAAAAAGCAUUUAAUUGAUUGUUAAAUAGGCAAUAAAAGCAUUUAAGUUAUUCACGUGCAGUUAUACCUGUAAUAUACAGAACAUGUUGGGCUAACACGCGUGAUCGAAUAGAACACUUUAUGUUAGUUAUUGCUUCAUAAUAUUUAUUUAUCUAUUUAUUUAUUCAUAUAUUUUGCCAUUUAUAUCUUUCUAUUUUUUUCUUUCUCCAUUUGAUUGUGUUCCACCAUGUGCAUUGAAAUUCUCAAGUGCCCAUUAUAUGUCUUCUUUUUGUACAUCUUGUCUGUUAUGUUGAAUCAAAAUAUGAUUGUUGGUAUUUGAUACAUUUUAUACUGACUGUUGUGAGCGGAAAAAUCAGCAUUUCAAGUGUUGUUUUAUUUGUAUUUCGUCAGAUGAAAGUCUGUGUUGGGAAAAUAACGAAGCUAGCCAAUAAGAAAACAGCUUGUUAGCAUUUCAUUUCUGACUGAAAUCAAUAGACAUGUUUAGCAAAAAGCUAAUAAGUUAGCUGUUGCUCAGAAUACAGCAGAGUACAAAGGCCAAACUUAUAAACUACAAUCUGCCCAAGUAAGGACAUUUAUUUUGAAGAUUUAAUACUUUAGAUUUUGUAAGAAAAAGUCCAUCUGGUUAUACGCUAAGUUAUGGCCCUUGGUUUCAAUGCUGAAUGCUAACAAUGCUCUUUCACGGAUAGCUAAAACCAAACAUGUGCUAUGUUCAAUGAGACCAUUUUGAUUUAAAUGAACUCCAGAGUCCCAAAAAGGAUUUCAUGUAUUUUCCAUAAUGCUGAUUGUCAGUUAAAAGUGCAUUCUCUGACUUUGUGUUAGCGCCCAAUAGUGCUGCUGAAUCUCAAAUAGUGCUGAUCAACAGCUGGGAGGAGAUUUCUGGGCCUUACUGUCAGUAAAACAUGAAUGUCGUUUCAAAGUUGAUUUGAUGGAAUUGCCUUCUCAGUAAUCUUGAAAUGUAAUGCAAAAAUAACUAGUUGAUGACCAUUUCAAACACAAUUCAAACGAGUACACAUCCAUUUGUGGUAACUUCGGAACAAUGCAUUCCUAUUCCUACGUGGAUUGGGUGUGUAUCAUUGUUGGAUUUCCACCACUCAAGGAAAACUAUUGCACCAAUUAAGGUUUUUCUUUUCUCUCAUAUUGAUAUGUGGUGUUUUGAAACACAGUCCUUAAACUAAUGAAAUCUUUCAUUGUCACAUGCCUGCUCUCUCUCUAUAUUUACUAUAUGUCAUGUCUGUUAACUGUUAUGGACUGUCUCUCUAAUAUUCACUCCCACACUCAACUCUACAAUAAAGCAUUGAUUCCUAAAUAACCUCCAAA